UCAAGUGGUUAGAUGGUUGCAAAUUCAAAAGCAAUGUACUCUGGUGUGCUCCUUGUUUUAGUCAUCUCCAGCGUUGCCAUGUCAGAGUCGAUCAUCAAGACACUGCCAGGAUUCCCUGGAGAUCUUCCCUUCAAGCUUGAAACUGGAUAUGUGGGAGUAGAUGAUAUGGAUGAUGUGCAGUUAUUCUACUACUUCAUUGAGUCUGAAAGAAAUCCCAGGGAUGACCCUCUAUUGCUUUGGCUCACUGGAGGCCCUGGUUGUUCUGCAUUUUCUGGUCUAGUGUAUGAAGUUGGUCCAUUGUUAUUUGACUAUGUCAAAUCUGGUGAAAAUUUGCCCACGUUCAAACUGAACCAAUACUCAUGGACAAAGGUAGCUAGCAUGAUAUUUUUAGAUGCUCCGGUUGGCACUGGAUUCUCCUAUUCGCGAACCGGGGAAGGUUACAACAUGAAUGAUACGUUAUCGUCUUCACAAAUCUAUACUUUUCUAAGGAAGUGGCUUAUUAAUCACCCCAAGUUUCAAAGAAAUCAACUCUAUAUCAGUGGUGACUCAUAUUCCGGCAUAAUUAUCCCUAUGGUUGUUCAGGAAAUAUCCAAUGGUAAUGACGCAGGAAAAGAGCCCAAAAUGAAUCUUCAAGGAUACACAAUUGGAAACCCGGUAACAGAUAAAUUUGGUGACUUAAAUUCAAGAAUUCCAUUCGCUCAUCGAGUAGGAGUCCUAUCGGAUGAGCUCUAUGAGGCAACCAAAAUAAGCUGCAAUGGGAAGUAUGUGGAUGCAGAUCCAAACAAUGCAGAAUGCACAAACAAUCUCAAACUGUUCACACAGUGUUCUGAGAAAUUAUGUAUUACACAAAUAUUGGAACCUAAGUGUAAUGUGUUGUCCCCAAACCCAAAUGCAUCAAAAUCGGAUCAAAGCUCUCUUCAAGAGAUCAAUUCCAUGGAUUUACCCCUUUCUCCACCACAAGAACCUGAACCAUGGUGCCGGAGUUAUAACUAUUUAUUUUCCUACCUCUGGGCUAAUAAUGGAACUGUUCAAAAGGCUCUGCACGUUCGAGAGGGAACCAAAAAGGAGUGGGCGAGGUGCAAUGAAAGCUUGUCUUACACUUCAAAUGUCUUCAGUUCUGUUGAUUAUCAUCGGAAUCUCACCGAGAAAGCUUAUAGAGCUCUGAUUUACAGUGGCGAUCAUGAUAUGGAUAUUCCAUAUGUUGGUACACAAGAAUGGAUAUCAUCUCUCAACUUAAAUAUUUCUGAUGAUUGGAAACCAUGGUUUGUGGAUGGUCAAGUUGCAGGAUUUAGAGUUGAAUAUUCACACAACAAAUAUUUAAUGACAUUCGCAACUAUUAAGGGAGGGGGUCACACAGCUCCAGAGUACAAGCCUAAGGAAUGUUUUGCCAUGGUUUAUAGAAUUUCAGAGAACGUAAGGUUGGAAUCGGAUUUCAGGGUUUGAAGAACAGAUCUCCAU